CCUCGAGGAAGAAGGAGGCACAGGAAAGACACGACGCGAAGAAGCUCUCUCCGCGCUCUCUGUGCUUUGUUUCUUGUGAAGAAAUCUACAUUUUUCAGGAAUCUUGUCGGUCGGGAGACUCGUUAUUGGCGGAUCGACGGAGAGGAAGCCCCCAAGUGGCUUGGCCGGUGACUGCAGCGUUUCGUCGAGUCUGUACUGCACACUGUCUCCGCUGUUGUCGUUUCUUCUUUUUCCAAGAAGAGACUGUUUUCCCUUUCCCCCUUCUGUGCCAUUUUUUCUUCGGCGGCCGUUGCCGUUUCCGCGGGUCUUCUCUCUGCUGGAUCUUCUCGUUUGCCUGCUUCUUUCUUGGCUGCAGAAGAUCACCUCUCACAUCUUUGUCUCUUCCCAGCGGCCGGCGAGAGUCUUUCAUCUCGCGUCAACGUUUCUUUGUUCCUUCGCUUGCAUGCUUCUUCCAUCUUCUGUGGCACCUCGCCGUUUUCCGGCGUCCUUCUCACCUGCCUCCCUCUUCGUGACCUCUUCGUCUCCGUCUGUAGUUCCUUUCCUCUCCGUUUGUAGUUCCUUUCCUCUCCGUCUGUAGUUCCUUUCCUCUCCGUUUGUAGUUCCUUUCCUCUCCGUUUGUAGUUCCUUUCCUCUCCGUUUGUAGUCCCUUUCCUCUCCGUUUGUAGUUCCUUUCCUCUCCGUUUGUAGUCCCUUUCCUCUCCGUUUGUAGUUCCUUUCUCCUCUCUGUCUCGCCUGCCUCCUGCCUUCCGGUUUCUCUCCGCUUCUCUCGCUGUUCCCCGCUGUCUCUCCUCGUGCGAUGCUUCCUUGACCUGCCUUCGAAGAUGCCGAGAGACCGCGGCGGCGCGGCUGUAUGGGAGGAACGCGAAGAUCCUCCGCUCUGCCUCUCGGCCGCAGGCGCGUCUCUGGGGUGUACCGAGUCUUCUCGUCCUCACUCUUCUCGGCAGCCUCGCGGCCACAGCAUCCACGCGCAAGAGAACGCAAGAAUUAUGAAAGGUCUGACCGUGAGGAAGACGUUCGUUCUCGGCAGCUACGCCUUUAGGCUGUCGCCAGUGGAGAAGAAGAAGUACAACGACAUGACCCACAAGUGGACCUGCCUGCUGCGAGCGCUGAAUGGAGAGGACCUGACCUACUGCGUGAAGAAAGUUGUCUUCGAGCUCGAUCCUUCUUUCGUCAACCCCAAGAGAACGUUAACCCACCCGCCGUACGAAGUCUCUGAGGCAGGCUGGGGCGAGUUCCAAAUUUCUGUCAAAGUUCACUUCCUCGACGAUUCUCUCCCGCCUGCGGAGCUCCGCCACUUUCUUAGGCUCAAUCCGGAAGGCGGUCAUGUGGUGGGGCCUUGCGUCGCCGCCGAGACUCUGGACGAGGUGUUGAUUCACGAGCCGAAGGAGAGCUUCUACGACGUCCUCAUGGAGGGCCCGCACAAACCUGCAGCGCCCCACCACCUUGAAAAGUUUUUUCUUCAGCAGCAACCUCGCUUCGACGAACAAAUGAAACUGCUCAUGGGCGCACAAGGCGUUGUUCAAGCGGAGAGCAUGAGUUUGAUGUCUGAGGCCUUCGCGUUGACACAUCGAAUUCGCCAGCUCCAGGCUGCGUGUGACCCUCGCGUCUUCCAACAUCUGCGGGCGCAACAGGCCGCCGUCGUCUCUCCGCCUGUGCCUGCAUGCGACCUAACGGUCUCUUCACCCUCCACGGCUGCGGCGAUGUCUCCCGGCAUCGGGAUCGGCCUCAAAGAGACCCUAUCUCUCGCCGCGGUGGCUCCAGGGUCUCCUGGAGAGUCCCCUGCACAGACGGGAGUGCAGGCCCCCCGGGGCGCGGGACCAGCAUCUUCGGGGACUCUCCCUCUCGGCGCGAACCCACUGGGCGACCUCCACCGCCGAGUGUCUCCGCCGGAGGCCGCAGGCGCCCCCGGGGCCGGCGCUGAUGUCUCCGCGCCCGCCCCGGGGCCCGAUGGAUCCCCACAGCCGUUCGCCGAGGCGCCCGGCACAGUGCCGCCGGGGGCUCCGGCCGCGCCCUACGCGGUCGUGGGCGCGGCAUUUGGAGCCCAAGGAGCCGAUGAGAAGACUCCAAUGCUCGACGCGCAGGCUCUGCAGCAGCAGAUGGUGCUCCAACAGCAGCAGGCUCAGGUGCUCCUGCAACAGCAACUCUACCACGCUCAGCAGCAGCAGUAUUUGAUGCAUGCGGCCCCAGGGGUCUUCUUUCCCAGCGACGCGAAGCGAGGCGCCGGCGCGCCCUGUCCCCAACAAGUGUCUCCUUUCGCACAGCCCCCGGGGCCUUAUCCCAACGGCGGGUCGGCGCCUGGCAACCAGGGUGUGGUUUUUCCUCGCGCACCUGACGCAGCGGCUCAGGCGUCCUCAAGCGUCCCUCACAAAGAGUGAAAAGAGACAGGAGAGACUGAAAAGGAGACACGAGAAAAGAUGGGAGACGAGGAGACAGGAGAGAAAACCGAACGGAGACAAAGGGGAAGAUUCUAGAAGAGACAGGAAGCAAACUCAGAGAGAGAGUCUGGGAGGAAACAGAGAUCUCGGCCAGAGACAGUGGAAGGACAGGAGACAAGAGGGGGAGAAAAAAUGAACAGAAAGAGAGAACGACAGGAGGGAGUGCACAGGGAACGAAAACGAGACUGUGAAGAACACAGAAAGAGAGAAAAGAAAACAAGAAGAUGGAAACAGCGAACGCGUUUCGGUUUCCUUCAGCACUCUUGUCGCGUUUUCGCAGUCGCUGUGGGACGUGCGAGAGGCACCUUUGACUUCAGUCGGUUGUCGAAUGUUUGUUCAGUUUCUCGACCUUUUGCUUCGAAAGCUGGACGAACAAAGUCACCUUUCUCAGCCAAAUGCGAAGCAUGCGAGGCGCCUCGCCAACGACAAGCAACCUGCCCUCGGGAAGGAGUUGCUUGACACAUCUACCGGC